AUGCAAGGAGGAAUGCACGAAGAAAAGACUUUUCAGAAAAACAUUAAGGAGGCGCUUGGGGACAAAAAUGCAGCAAGAGACUUUUUUAGCAUACGUAAGGCCUCUAUCCCACGAGAUUUCAGCGUUGCAAAAAGGAGAAUCCUUGUGAAUCUUGAUAGAUUUAAAUUUCAUUAUCUUGCAAUGUCAAGUGCAUUUGCAUUGAUAUAUGUUCUUUAUCGUCUAGAAUUGGUUAUACUCAUUGGGAUUAUUGCUGUCACUGCAUAUGCGUACCAGACGAAGCCAACUCUCUUUAAUGUUGAGCUCGAGCCUAGAUCCGUAUGUAUAGCUGGGGCUGUUGGAAUACUGAUUUUCUUUAUAUUUUCCAGGGAAGCAAUAGUGGGGCUUCUUGCGAUAUCCGCAGUUUGUGGCAUGAUGACCCUAGCGCAUUCCAUGCUGCUUGAAGAAGACUUACAGAGAGAUGACGAAGUGUAA